CAGAGAAGUAGGUGGUAAACCUGACGCAUCGGAAGCGUCACUUGAAGGGAGGCGGUUUUUGGUCUGAAGUGACCUGGUAUCCCAGUUUACAGGCAAUCCCGUGAUUGGAAUGGGAGCAGUGUGGAGCAGUGAUGAUGAGUGAAGGGAAGAGGCAGCUGGCUGCGAGGAAUUCCGUGCCCACAGCAGCAAAGGAAGGCUCUAUCCCAAUGAAGAGGCUCAGCAGCAGGGAACCGUACACCCCUGGGUAUGGGCACUACUGCUCCAGUCCUUUCGGUGGGGAGAGACCACGGAGACAAACUGUGCAGAAAGGGAGGAGACAGGCAUUCCGGGGGCCAGCUUACAUGUUUAAUGACAGAUCCACCAACCUAACUCCUGAAGAAGAAAGGUUUUUAGAUGCAGCUGAAUACGGCAAUGUUCCUGUGGUCAGAAAGAUGCUGGAGGAAUCCGAAUCACUGAAUGUGAAUUGUGUUGAUUACAUGGGUCAGAACGCAUUGCAACUGUCUGUCGCUAACGAACAUUUGGAAGUCAUAGAGCUCCUGCUGAAGAUCGACAACCUGUCCCGUGUUGGAGAUGGUUUGUUAUUGGCCAUCAGUAAAGGGUAUGUGCGAAUUGUGGAGGCCAUCUUGAAUCAUCAUCUGUUUGCUACAAUGCACACACUAGCUCUCAGUCCAGAGCAAAGAAACCCAGGGUACAAUGAUUUUUACGCCUAUGAUGAAGAUGGCACAAGGUUUUCCCAUGAUAUCACUCCGAUCAUUCUGGCAGCUCAUUGCCAGGAAUAUGAAAUAGUUCAUAUCUUACUGAGAAGAGGAGCCCGGAUUGACCGACCCCACAACUAUUUUUGCAAAUGCAAGGUGUGUACAGAGAAUCAGUUGAAUGAUUCUUUCAGCCACUCGAGAUCUCGAAUCAAUGCCUACAGGGGCUUGGCAAGUCCUGCCUACUUGUCACUGUCCAGUGAGGACCCAGUACUUACUGCUCUGGAGCUGAGUAAUGAGCUUAAUGUACUCGCCAAUAUUGAGAAGGAAUUUAAGAACGAUUACAAAAAAUUAUCUAUGCAAUGCAAGGACUUUGUAGUUGGACUUCUAGACUUGUGCCGGAUUACUGAAGAAGUGGAAGCUAUUUUGAAUGGGACCGUGAAGACCAAUCCCAGCAUUAACCGAGAGUUUCGCCCGAGUCUUAGCCGAUUAAAGUUGGCCAUUAAAUAUGAAGUCAAAAAGUUUGUGGCUCAUCCAAACUGUCAGCAGCAGCUUCUGUCUAUUUGGUAUGAAAAUCUCUCGGGACUACGGCAGCAGUCAAUAGCAAUCAAGUUCCUGGUCGUGCUUGCUGUAGCCAUUGGCCUCCCGUUUCUGGCCUUGUCCUAUUGGAUUGCACCUUGCAGUAAGCUGGGGAGGAUCUUGCGUGCACCAUUUAUGAAAUUUGUCGCCCAUGGAGCUUCUUUCACUGUUUUUCUUGGCCUGUUAAUUAUGAACGCAGCUGACAGGUUUGAAGGCACCAAACUCCUGCCAAAUGAAUCAACGACUGAUCACCCCAGACAGCUCUUCAGAAUGAAAACAACUGGCUUCACAUGGAUGGAACUUUUAAUAGUUUCCUGGGUAGUAGGAAUGAUCUGGUCAGAGUGUAAAAAAAUGUGGUCACAAGGCCCGAGGGAAUAUUUGCUGGAACUGUGGAACUUAUUAGACUUUGGAAUGCUAGCCAUUUUUUCAGCAUCAUUCAUAGCACGAUUGAUGGCGUUUUGGCAUGCUUCCAAGGCACAGAGUUUUGUGGAUGAAAAGAUCAAAAUGGACUUAACUAAUGUUACUCUUCCAACAGAAAUAGAGUACUACACUCUUGCACGAAUUAAAUGGUUCCCAUCUGAUCCCCAGCUUAUAUCUGAAGGCCUCUAUGCAAUAGCAGUUGUGAUGAGCUUCUCUCGAAUUGCAUACAUUCUUCCAGCCAAUGAAAGUUUCGGGCCUUUGCAAAUAUCUCUGGGAAGAACUGUGAAAGACAUAUUCAAAUUCAUGGUCAUAUUCAUUAUGGUUUUUGUUGCAUUCAUGAUUGGGAUGUUUAAUCUUUAUUCUCACUACCUUGGAGCGAAGCAAAACAAUGCAUUUACAACUGUUGAAGAAAGCUUUAAAACUUUGUUUUGGGCGAUAUUUGGAUUAUCAGAAGUCAAGUCUGUGGUCAUCAAUUAUAGUCACAAAUUUAUUGAGAACAUUGGCUAUGUUUUGUAUGGUGUAUACCAUGUGACAAUGGUCAUUGUCCUCUUAAAUAUGCUGAUUGCGAUGAUUAAUAGCUCUUUUCAGGAGAUUGAGAAUGAUGCCGAUGUAGAAUGGAAGUUUGCCAGAGCCAAACUGUGGAUUUCCUAUUUUGAAGAGGGGCGAACACUGGCAGUGCCAUUUAACUUGGUGCCAAGCCCAAAGUCCUUCUUCUACCUUCUACUGAGAUUGAAAAAAACGCUAACCAGCCUUUUGAGAUGUAGAAAAGGACAAUAUCAAGAAAAUGCAGAAAUGGAAAAGCUCAGAUACAGCAAACAUUCGAGUAUUCAAAGUAUAGAAGAUCACAGUUUACAAAGCAUCAGGAAUCCACAAACAAGAUACCAGAAAAUAAUGAAACGUCUCAUCAAGAGAUACGUAUUGAAAGCUCAAAUGGAUCGGGAAAAUGAUGAAGUCAAUGAAGGCGAACUCAAGGAAAUCAAACAAGAUAUUUCCAGUCUCCGAUAUGAACUCCUUGAAGAGAAAUCACAAAACACAGAAGAUCUUGCUGAAUUAAUCAGAAAACUUGGAGAAAAGUUGGGAGCAUAAUCCACAAAAGCAAACAAUAACAUAGUGACAUUAAAUCUUAAACAACUCUUUACAAAAUCCAUAACAAUGUGAUUGAUUCUGCAUGUUUAUUACAAUAAUGCCAAAUGUAAUUUUAGAUACAAACAUUCCAAUAGAAAUUGAAUGAAUAAUCAAAUCAGUAGUUUUGCAAUGAUUUGUAUAAUAUCAGAUAUAGUUCUAUCCAAUGAUCAGGAAACAUUGAGGUACUCGUUAUAUUAAAUGUUUAUAGAACA